GGUGAGGCGGCGAAGGGGGGAGGGGGAGGAAGCAAGGGAUGAGCGCCGGGAGGGCGUCAGGGGCCCUGAGCCGGACUAGGACGCCCCUGGAGCCGGAACCCGAGCCGGAGCCGGAGCCGGAGCCGGAGACAGAACCAAACCACCGGUACCGGGUGGGCCAGUUGGUCAGGCUGCAGCCCCCUAAACCCAGGAGGCGCACUGGCCUGCGCUCGUCCCCCAGGGCCUCAUGUCGGAACCACAGCCUGACCUGGAGCCACCCCAACAUGGGCUGUACAUGCUCUUCCUGCUUGUGCUGGUCUUCUUCCUCAUGGGCCUGGUAGGCUUCAUGAUCUGCCACGUGCUCAAGAAGAAAGGCUACCGCUGCCGAACAUCUAGGGGCUCGGAGCCUGAUGAUGCCCAGCUCCAGCCCCCUGAGGACGAUGACAUGAAUGAGGACACAGUAGAGAGGAUUGUUCGCUGCAUCAUCCAAAAUGAAGCCAAUGCUGAGGCCUUGAAGGAGAUGCUGGGGGACAGUGAAGGAGAAGGGACAGUGCAGCUCUCCAGUGUGGAUGCCACCUCCAGCUUGCAGGAUGGAGCCCCUUCCCAUCAUCACACAGUGCAUCUGGGCUCUGCAGCUCCUUGUAUCCAUUGCAGUCGCAACAAGAGACCCCCACUUGUCCGUCAAGGACGCUCCAAGGAAGGAAAAGGCCGCCCUCGGCCUGGAGAGACCACCGUGUUCUCAGUAGGCAGAUUCCGAGUGACGCACAUUGAAAAGCGCUACGGACUACAUGAGCAUCAUGAUGGUUCCCCUACAGACAGAAGCUGGGGCUCUGGAGGGGGACAGGAUCCAGGAGGUGGUCAAGGAUCUGGGGGAGGACAGCCCAGGGCAGUGCUGCCCCCUGAGGAACCACAGCCCCAGGCUCUAGCCAGCCCUCCAGUACAGAAUGGAGGUCUCAGGGACACCAGUCUCAUCCCUUGUGUGCUUGAGGGCACCCCUGGAGCUUCUACAGAACCGACUGUGGGGGCCAGAGGGAGGGGACCAAGCCCAGGGCCGCCCAAUCAAGAGACAAAUGAACAGUCAAGCAAACUGGACACCUCAGGUCACCAGGUGUCUCCGCCACGGGGAGCAGGGGGUAUUUGAGGUAAACUGCAGGCUAAGCCUGUGCUACAGAUUCUGUGGCUGGUGGUGGGAGUGAGGAAUGAGCAGGUCCUGCAGCCCCUGGAGAAAAGCUGGGCCAGAGCUUGAACAGGAAGAAACACUGUUCUUCCUCUCCUCCAAGCCUCACUCUUCAUUGUACUGAUGGACUGCCAGCUGCAUUGCCUGGGGGUGGGUGGCUUUGAAGGCCCUCUCCUCCACUGGAUGGCACUGCCCUUCAGUUGAGGGGUCAGCUCUACUUCCACCAGGAGUUGCAUGGUCUCAGACUGGGGGACCUCAGGAGGAGUCCCCUCUACACAUACUCCCAGUCCCUAAGUUUCUUCCCCUUUCCCUACCUGCCAACAGGUGGCCUGGCCUGCCUUCCCCCAACACCUUGCUCUACAUGCUUAGAGCAUGGUAGCUGGGACCAGACUACCCUUGGUGGGUCCCUAAAGCAAUAGCACCAUAGGCUCCUUGCCAUCUUGGCACAAGAGGUCCAAGCACUAGCUUGGACUUCGUGCUCUUUAUUCACUGUCAAUAAAUCCGCUCAGACUACUACAGUU